CCCUGACAGAAAAGAUCAGUGAGUCGGCAAACUUGACAAAUCAAGAUUUGUAAUUAGCGGUUCUUACAGCACACAAUUCAAAGAGCAGAACUCCCAGCGACCAGACAUCUGUUUUAGGUCCCGAAGGUCGCGGUGCUUCAUCGUGGGAAGGAUCACUUGGGUGAAAGGAGCCCUGAGCAAUCACCUCUGGAGCAAGGUUUGUUGUUCGUUCCUUGAUCAAGAUGUCAAGUCCCAACCCUUUGGCAAUGCUGGAGCAGAGAACAGCUGAGGCUGACAUGCUCAUUGAGUACCUCAAAGAACAUGUUGAGCUGCUCAAGGAAAAUGCCACCAUCCAGGCCAACCUCAGAAAGGAGAAGAAACUGCUGGCGGAGAAUGCUAAACUGCAGCAGGACAUUGAUGAACUGAAAAAACAACUGCUGGAGAAAGAAAGGAAGAGGGGAGUGCUGAAUGUAUCCAUGCCAUCAGUCGAAGGCGGCUUUGAGUGCUCAUCCAGUUCCGCUCCUCCCAAGCCUGCUGCUCCAGCACCCUCUGCCACUUCUGCUGCCGCCGCUGUCCAGAGUUCUCCCCAGAGUGGCGACAACAAAAUGAAGCCGGAGAAAAAAGAGAAAAAGCCGCAGCCAACUGCAGGUCAGGAGGGCGUAAAGGUCGAUGUGUCUCGCCUGGACUUGCGGGUUGGACGCAUUGUGAUGGCAGAGAAACACCCGGAUGCAGACAGUCUCUAUGUGGAGCAGGUGGAUGUUGGCGAGCCUUCACCCAGGACCGUGGUCAGCGGGCUGGUCAAGCACGUACCUCUGGAGCAGAUGCAGAACCGCAUGGCAGUUCUGCUGUGUAAUCUGAAGCCUGCGAAAAUGAGAGGAGUGACAUCCCAGGCCAUGGUCAUGUGUGCCAGCUCUCCAGACAAGGUGGAAAUCCUUGACCCACCAGACGGUGCCAUACCAGGAGACAAAAUCACUUUCCAGGGCUUCCCAGGUGAACCCGAUAAGGAGCUGAACCCUAAGAAGAAGGUGUGGGAGCAGAUUCAGCCGGACCUCCGCACGGAUGGCGAGUGCGUGGCGACCUACAAGGGGUCUGUAUUUGAAGUGGCGGGCAAGGGUGUGUGCAGAGCGCAAACCCUGAGCAACAGCGGAAUCAAAUAAAGAAGAGAGAAAGUCAUUCUGGUGGUGACAAAUGGAAGUAUAUAACUUUCAAUAAAGUGUUUGCAUCUUCAAUAAAGUGCAUCUUCCUAAUUUGAGGCCUAAUACUCAUUUCCUCCUCAUGCUGUAGAUCAGGGGUGCCCCUUAUGUUGGCUGCGAGCUACCGGUCGAUUGCAUAAACGUCAUUGUAGAUGUCAUGACAUCAGUCAGCUGAUAUUAAUCUCCCCUCCUGAUUCGCUAUUGGCAAAGAUGUAAGUGGUGAAGACAUCGCAAGCUAACAUUCAUCUUUAUUAUUCUGAUUACGGAUAAACUCAGCGGUAAGAUGUCUAUAUAACAAAAGGUGUUGUGCGUCGUGAACUCCACCAUAGAAACACGUUUACUGCGCUUCUGUUUGUUAAAGGAUUUAAUGAUUAAUUGGAAAAUGUACCCUUUGCUGAAACCUUUUUAAUAUGUUGCCUUGACUUCGGCUGCAUUGUCUUUUGCAUAAUCAUUUUAAUUUGUUUAUCGGUAACACGGUGUAAGAAGGAGAGGUUCCACAGGUCCUUCAUACCGACCGCUGUCAGGCUCUACAACACCUGCACCACCUGAACCAUGUUGUAGACACUAUGCUUUCUUUACACUGUUCUCUUUACUUGUCUUGCUGCUGUAACAAGUAAAUUUCCCCGCUGUGGGAUAAAUAAAGUACAUACAUACAUACAUAAUGUUUGAUAACAAAGGCUAAUCCAUGAACUGUGUGUC